AUGGUGGAGCCAGAUUACUCCGAGCUCAUUAUCCCCCGCUACGACCCUGCAGCUGAUGCUGCACAGCGCCCAUCGAAGAAGCGGAAGACAGCAGCAAAAGCAGCAGCAGCAGCAGCAGCAGAAGCAGAGACAGAACAGCAAUCUGCCGCAACAACAGACGAAGAAGUGGAGCAGCAGCAGCAGCAGCAGCAAGAGCAGCAGCAGCAGCAGCAGCAGCAGCAGCUGAAAGCCCCUGCAGCAAUAGACCCUCUGGAGUGGGCGCGAAGCCUUUUCGGUGAUUCUGCUGCAGCAACAGCAGCACCCGGAGCAGCAGCAGCAGCAACAGCAGCAGACACAGCUGCUACCCACAAGCCAGGCCGCGUCGCUGCUGCGGCUGCAACGUGGGGAACUGCGCGAGGAUUAUAUGGGCAAGCACAGAGCGGCCCUUCGAUCGAAAGCAAAGGCAGCAAACCGUCACUAGCUGCUGCGGCUGCUGCAGCAGCUGCUGCAGCAGCAGCAGCUGCUGCUAUAGCUGCUUCAGCUGCUGCUGCUGCUGCUGCUGAAGCAGUAGCUGUUUUUGCUGGACCGGCUGCUUGCGAAUCUGCAUUUGCUGCUGCAGCAGCGCAGCUGCAGCGCUCCACCCCGUUCGCGUUUAAUAGAGAAGCAGCAGCUGCUGCAGCAGUUGCAGCAGCGGCAACGGCUGCUGCUGCUCUUGCUGCUGCUGCAGCGGUGGCAGCACUGUUGCAGCAGCAGCAGCAGCAGCAGCGGCGGCGCACACCCUCCCUAGCAGCAGCAGCAACAGCAGCAACUUCUGGGGUUUCUGUCUUUGUCUGGUGUAAAAUAGACGAAGAUAAACAAAUAAAUAAAAUGAAAAACAAAUUUGCUGCUGCUGGCUCUCAAGGCGACGCCGUUUCUGCUGCUGCUGCUGCAGCAGGGCCCGCCACAGCAGCAGCGCAGAGGGGGGAUAGCACAGCAACAGUAUCAGCGGCAGCAGCAGCUGCUGGCGACCUCCAAUGCGAAGCUGGCAGCGCACAAAUACAGCAGCAGCAGCAGCAGCUGGAUCCGGUGCAGCAGUCAGCAGCAGCAGGGCCAGACACAGUAGACGUAGCAGCAACGAACCCCCCAGCAGCAGCAGACACACCAGCAGCAGCAGCAGCAGCAAGAGCAGAUAUGGAGGCUGCUGAAACAGCGAAGUCAACGGACACAACUCCUGGGGUAGAGGGCAGGCAGCAGCAGCCGCAGCAGCAGCAGCAGCGACGCGGCAGCAAAAGGAGUAGACUCGCAUCAGCCUCAGACAGCAGCAGCAGCAGCAGCAGCAGCAGCAGCAGCGGUGGCAAUGAUGCAGCAGCAGCUGAUGAAGCUGAAGCCGCCGCAGCAGAUGCAGCCGAGGGCUGCUCCGAGGCUGCCGAAGGCGACGCACAUUGUCCUAGCGGCAGCGACAGCAGCAGCAGCAGCAGCAGCAGCAGCAGCAGCAGCAGCAAUCCAGGGCUGUUCCUGAAUUCGCUUUGUUAUUUGUGCGAGGGAGUCAUCACCAAGAAAAGCACUCUCGGCAGGAAGGCAGGUUUGGGUUUGUUCUGCGCCAAGUCCGAUGGCUUCGCUAGGGGGGCUAUAAUUACUGAAUUUGUUGGGUGGCUCGUAGACAGAGAACAGGCAGAACAACUCAGACACAAACGAAGAGCAUCUCAUAUUGUUGCUGUGCAGAAGGGGUUUCUUUACAUCGACGGCGUGAAGGAGCCGUACUACGGCACGGGGGGCGCCAGCUUCGCCAACGACGGCAGCGAAUUCCUUGGGGGCCCCGGAAAUAACUCUAUCUUCUAUCACUGGUUUGAUGAGGAGUUGGGUAGGACCCGCGUGUUUUUGAGGGCCACGCGGAGUAUAGCCAACGGGGAGGAGAUUUUCGUUCCCUACGACAAAACCUACUGGCAGGAUAACUUCGAAGAGCAGGAGGAGAACUGCCCCGAUGCCUUUCGGAAGAAGAAAAUCGAACAGCUGCAGCGAAAGUACAAAGACUUCACAAUCACCUCCAUGGAGGACCUCAAGGCCAGACAGGCACCUCUGCUGCGUCGGUGUGCACCUGCGUCUCUGUUCGUUUGGGUUUAUCUCUGUGUGUUGCUGAUGAUGCUACUGGUGAUGCUGCAGGCACUACUGGAGCAGCAGCGUCGUGCGAAACAAGAGAAGGUGAAGGCGGGGAAGAAGAAGCCUCCGAAGCCGAACGUGAAGAGGCCGUUGUCUGCGUUUAUGCGGUUUUCUGUCGGCAGGAGACGAGAGCUGGUGGCAGCCAAUCCAGAGCUGCGUCACCCGAAAUGCUUCAAAGAGAUCGCCCAGCGGAUUUCCACCGAGUGGAAAGAAAUGAGCGUUCAGAAAAAGCAAGAAUUCGAACAACAAGCAGCCGCAGAUUUCAACAAAUACAAACAAAAAGUACGCGAAUGGAAAGCUAAACAUGCACCCAAAGCUAAGAGAAAACAUAGAAAAUGUGGUAAAACACGCAUCAACCAAACCACCAGCAACUCUGCUGCCGCCACCUCUUCUCUAGAGACGGACCAGGGGGCUGAUGAGACUGCUGCUGCCGAGUCCAACAGCACUGCUGAUGCUGAACCUGUUGAUGCUGAAGUUGAUGUUGAUGCUGCUGACGGGGACAAAACAACCGCGAACGAGCGCAAAACGGGGGACGUGAAGAUACAAAGCCAAGAACCCGAAGCUGCAAAUACUGCGACAGACGUGCCGGAAAGCACAGUGGACAGCAGCAGCCACAGUAGACAGUCCUCAGGGCUGGAAGCCCCUGAUGGAGUAGGAAACGCUGCGAACAGAUAUGAGGACAAAAAGGAGGCGCAUGUUGAAGCAGCAGCGUGCGCCUCAACGGCAGGAUAA